AAGGUGCUCGCAGCGCGUCCAGUUCUCCGCCAAGUUUAUCUUCGUGGGGAUGUUGAGCUCGGUGAAGAUGGAAGCGCACGACCUGCCCGAGUCAUGGAAUACUUUCUACAGCGAGGCCAACGAGAUGUAUCCGUCGCCCAGCAGCAUGAACUCCGCCCUGGCGUCCAUGGGCUCCAUGGGGCCCCUCAACAGUUACAUCAACCUGAACCCGGCGGGCGGCGGCGGGGGCGGCGGCCUGAACAUGGGCUACCCCGGCCCGGGACUCAGCACGUCGCCGCUGGCCUCGGUGGGCUCGGGCCCGGCCCACAUGCCGCUCUCCCCGGUGGCGCCCUCGCUCACCCAGCUGUGUCCGGCCGCCGCCCCCCCGGUCUCCCUGUCCCACUACGGCAACAUGGGCCAGUCCGUGAGCCAGCUGGGCUACCCGUCGGGCGCCUCCGUGAGUCGCGGCGGGCCCAAGGAGAUCCCGCCCAAGCCGUACCGCCGCUCGCUGACGCACGCCAAGCCGCCCUACUCGUACAUCUCGCUCAUCACCAUGGCCAUCCAGCAGAGCGGCGGCAAAAUGCUCACCCUAAACGAGAUCUACCAAUGGAUCAUGGACUUGUUCCCGUACUACCGGGAGAACCAGCAGCGUUGGCAGAACUCCAUCCGCCACUCGUUGUCCUUCAACGACUGCUUCGUCAAGGUGGCCCGCUCGCCCGACAAACCGGGAAAAGGCUCCUACUGGACUCUGCACCCGCAGUCGGGUAACAUGUUCGAGAACGGCUGCUACCUGCGGCGCCAGAAACGCUUCAAAAUCGACGACAAGCUGGCCAAGAAGGCGGGCAAAGACGGCAGCAAGGGGGGCGACGCAUCGGGCGACCGCAGCCCGGCCGGGGGCGGCGGCUCGGACGAAGCCGACUCGGCUCACUCGGACAACUCCCGCCCGGGUUCCUCCGACGACCAGACGCUGCCCCGCGGGACCGCCAACGACGCCUUGUUGGUGCCGCUCGACUGCCCGCCGCCGCCCGCCUCCUCUGCCGGCAUCUUCCACACCCAGUCCACCCACCUCCUCCCCGGCGCCAUGGGGCAGCACAUGGACCUGCAGAGCGAUGCCCUCAAGUCGCUGGACCCCCACUACAAUUUCAACCACCCGUUCUCCAUCACCAACCUCAUGUCCAACGAGCAGAAGAUGGACCUCAAGUCCUACCAGGACCAGGUGAUGGCGUACAACAGCUACGCCUCCAGCGGCUCGCCCGUGCCAGCCAAGCAGAUCUACGACAGUCCCGGACCGGGGGCCGUGGACUCCGGUGCCUACUACCAGACGCUCUACAGCCGCUCCGUACUCAACGCGUCCUAAUCGAACGCGAC